UGACGUGGCGUUGUGCGUGUUUGUUGCAGGAAGUGAAGAUGGCGACUACUUCAGUGGUAUCAGAGUCUGCCCUAGGGUGGUCGAUAUUUGCAGUUGUAUUAUUGGCUAUUCUUUGCUUCUGUUGGAUCUAUGUACGCAAAUACCAAAGUCAGCAGGAGAGUGAAGUUAUCUCAACUAUUACAGCUAUCUGUGCUCUGGCCAUUGCGUUAAUUACAGCAGCUCUUCUGCCAGUUGACAUUUUCCUUGUUUCAUUUAUGAAAUAUUCCAAUGGGUCAUUCCAGGAAUGGGCUGACAGUAACAUAACAAGACAACAAAUUGAGAACUCUGUAUUGUAUGGCUACUAUACUCUUUAUUCAAUAAUUCUAUUUUGCGUCUUCCUGUUGAUUCCAUUUGUCUACUUCUUUUAUGAAGAGAAAGGUGAUGAUGCCAUCAGUCAGUGCUCGCAAGUGAAAAAUGCGCUGAAGUACACACUUGGGUUCAUGGUGGUUUGUACGGUUCUUCUUUUGAUUGGAGCAUUUGUUCCUUUGGAUGUACCAACCAGUAAAAAUUCCACUGAGUGGGAGAAAAUGAAGUCUUUGUUUCAAGAACUUGGAAGUAGCCAUGGCUUGGCUGCUUUGUCAUUUUCCAUUAGUUCCUUGACCUUGAUUGGAAUGCUGUCUAUAAUCACCUAUACGGCCUAUGGCAUGUCGGCCUUACCUUUGAACCUAAUAAAGGGACCUAGAAGUGUUCGUUAUGAGCGUUUGGAGAACACAGAUGAUAUAGAAGAAGUGGAGCAGCAGAUGGAGAACAUUAAAUCAAAGUGUAAAGAUGGUAGGCCAUUACACCACAAAGACAGAAGAGCAUUGCAGCAGUUAGAAGAAAAGCUGAGGACACUGCGAAGAAGAGAAAGGCAUCUGGAGGAUGUUGAGAAGAGUUUUUGGACCAAAUGUUGUUGUGCUUUACGGCCAAUAAAGAUUGCACUUGGAAUAUUUUUCAUUCUCAUUGCUUUGUUGUUCACAGUAUGUCUCUUCUUGUCAAACUUGGACAAAGCUCUUCAUUCGGCUGGUUUUAACUCGGGGUUCAUGAUCUUUGGAACAAAUUUGACUAAUCCACUGAACAUGCUUUUACUUGACCUGCAGAUAGUUUUUCCUCUGGAUUACAUCCUCAUUGCUGUUAUCACUUUGUAUUUUGUCCUGACUUCUAUGGCAGGAAUUCGAGAGAUGGGUAUUUGGUUUUUCUGGAUGAGGCUGUAUAAGAUAAGACCAGGACGAACUCGACCUCAGGCUCUGCUGUUUCUUUGCAUGAUACUACUACUAAUUGUCCUUCACACAAGCUACAUGAUCUACAGCCUUGCACCUCAAUAUGUUAUGUAUGGGAGCCAGAAGUACCCAGUUCAGAGUAAUGUUACGUCUGUUGAAUUACUACAUGACAAUUCAACACAUGUGGAAAUAAGAAUAUGUGAUGCAGGUGCCCCUGAAGAUCAAUGCAUUCUGACCCGGACAUACCUUUUCCUUCACAAAUUUUGGUUCUUUGGUGUCAUCUACUAUUUCGGAAACUGGGCUUUCAUUGCUGUCUUUCUGAUUGGAUUAGUUGUAUCAUGCUGCAAAGGAAAGAAGUCCAUGAUUGAUGAAGUAAAUGACGAUGAUUCAGACUUGAGUGGUGAUGAACUCUCUUAUCCUUAAGUGCAUGAAAACAACAAUUUAGUAGACAUAAACUGAGCCUGGAAUAUUAAAGAUGAAGCUUAUAAUAAAGUGUAACAUUACCUGAAUCAAAAUGGCAGCUAUGUUUACACUUUAGCUCUGCAAAUGAAGGAGAAAUGUGGAGAGUCGGGAUGUGUAAUCCACAUAAAAAUUGGGAGUAAACUAAUUUGUGCCUUUGUUUUUGUAUUGUGCUGUGAUGUUUGCAUUACUUUAUCAUGUUAAUAAAUAAUGCUGUGAGUAUAUAUUGUGAUGCACUGAAUUAUAGUGUAAGAAUAUCCCUUGUAUUGCUAGAAUGUGGGCAAAAUAUUCAUGACACUGUUGCAGAGAAUACUGAAGAAUUAGCAAGAUCGCAUUACAUAAUUUGAUGCAUGAUAAUGUUAUUUCAAAAUCUUGCAGUGUUAAAAUUGGUUUUACUAAGUCAACAUGGGUGGGGGGGGUUCACUGUGUUUACUGACUAUAAAUACCUCUUAGCCAGACUUGAAAGUUAAUGUCCAUUACUGUAAACCUAUCAGGCUUGUAGAAACACAAUCCAGAAAAAAAAUGUGCUGUACCUUGACCACUUUUCUGCAGUAUUCUGUUAAGGCAGUAGUUUGCAUUUUCUCUUACAAGACUGAAGCACCAUCUUCAGGCAUGUGGUAAAAUAAACUUUUUUUCUUCUAAAAUUAA